CACAGGUUGGAGCCCUUUUGAUGUGCUGUUCUGUCUGCGAGCCCCAGCUAGGGUACAACUUCCGCACCAUAGUGGAGGGAAAGAGCAUUCUUCAGCCACUUUUGGUUCAAUGGGAAGUCGCUCCCCUGGGGUCCAGAUCAAGCGCCCAUCGCCAGAACUGGUUGUCGCGCGUUACCGCCGUCUCGUUGUAUAUCCACCCUUGUCCUUUACCGGGUCCCAGUAUCGCAUAUCUAAUCCGAGCCAAUACAUGGUCUUGAUCUUGACCGUUCCGCCCACCGUUGACGAGCCAGCGAAUGCGCGGCCUGUCGUUUCGCUACCGGGUAAAAAGCUCCUAGGAAUAUUCUCCUUCUUGUGAAAGAACUAUCGAUCCUCGGCAUCCUCUCAGUCUCGGAUAUCGCGAUAUCGUUGGUGUCUUUCCCAGUCCUGAUCAUCUACGCCCUGGACAAGGGCUCUAUCCCCGCUACUUCCAAUCACACCGUGGCCUCAUCCUUUAGCCACCAGCCUUCAGUGGACCCUAAGGCCGUUGUCGAAUUUUACUUGCUAUGUGCCAUAGGCUUGGGUUAAAUCUCUGUGAAGCCCCGUGAAACAUCCCCGAGGAUCCUUGUCAAGCACGUUCAUUUCCAAAUUUGGCGCCGAGCUGGCUGUUUCAUUUCCUUUCUCGAACAGACGAACGAGUCAAAGGAAUUCUCAACAGAAUCCAUCUUCACAACCAACGACAUCACUCGGGACACUCCUGAUCCGUGCUCAGCCUCCUGCUGGGUUGAAGCAAGAUCGACUUCACUUCUAGCUUAGGUAUACCUAUUUGAGCACUACUAUACACUUCCGAUUAUAUUUGAGGAUUUCGGUAUGGGGGACGAGCCUCCGCUUCGACAAAAUCCUAGAUUGCGUGACAACGACGAGCAUCUGUCAAGAGAACGGCCUCCACAAACUCCUCUGCCCGUUCCAAAUCCUCCUUCGGGACAGCCCGCGAACAUGGAGUUUGAACCAUAUCCUCGACCACAGUUUGCCAUUGGGAAUUUUGCAACCACGGCACCGCUCGACAUGUCGAAUUUAGCAGCAGCAUUGCCAGAGUACCAUAUACGCCAGUUCCAACAACCGCCAUAUACGCAACCUUACCAACACUCUGCUUCCACCAACCCGUCUAUGAUGUAUCAGUAUCACCAAGGCGCGCAGUUUGCUGGUCAAACUGCCGCUCAUAUGAACCCGUCCUUUUCUCAGCAGUACCCAUCGCAGUAUGGGCAAGGCGCGCCAUCGCGACAGCAGCAGCAAGGAGCGAACUAUCCGCAAUUUGUCGGUAAUCCAGCAGGCCCAGGCGGUCCUCAACCAUACCCAAAUCAAGCGUUUGUGGUACAACAGCCGAUAAUACACAAUCCAAGCGCCGCAGCUCAAUCUCAUCACCAUCCACAGUUUUCACAGCCCCAUGGAACCGCAGCCUAUGUGGCACCGUAUGCCUCUAGAUUAGCAGCCGGCUAUCCUUUACCACAACUGCGGCUCGAUAACAGCCUUGCACAGAGCCAAACACCUGGCAUUUAUCCGUCAAGUUCUAAAGCUGUCAGGAGAUCCAGCUCGAAUUCGUCUCUGCAAACAUCCGUGCUCCGAGGCCCACCUAGGAAACCAAAGCAAUCCGGCCAUGCUCUUUGGGUUGGCAAUUUGCCGCCUGCUACACAUAUAAUUGACCUCAAAGAUCAUUUCGCAAGGGAAGCGACAGACGACAUAGAAAGUGUCUUCCUGAUCUCGAAGAGCAACUGCGCCUUCGUGAAUUACAAGAGCGAGGCUAGCUGCGCAGCUGCUAUGGCUCGCUUCCACGAUUCUAGGUUCCAAGGGGUGCGACUGGUUUGCCGGUUGCGACGUGGAAGUUCUUCGGCUGGAACAUCAUCCCAAGGUGUGACCCAACAACCAUCGACGUCUACUGAAGCAGGGACCGAGGUUGAUGGAGUAUCGAAAGAAACAACGGUGGCCGACGGGACGAUGACAGCAGAACCAGAACCUAUGGAGAAGGUGAAGGAGAGGUUCUUCGUGGUGAAAAGCUUGACCAUCGACGACUUGGAGCGGAGCGUCGUUUCCGGAAUAUGGGCAACACAGGCCCACAAUGAGGCAGUGUUGAACAAUGCCUAUCGAACUGCAGAGAAUGUUUACCUCGUCUUUUCGGCCAAUAAGUCUGGCGAGUAUUUUGGAUACGCUCGGAUGGAAUCGGCGAUCGACGACGAGGCCGCCGCGAAUAUCGAAUACCAACCACGCCCAGAGGCGCGAGAGCCGAGUCCUGCAGAUCUGCCCCUGACCAUACCGACACCGGCUACGGUGACCGCACCUAAGGGACGAAUUAUUGACGACUCAGCCAGAGGUACAAUCUUCUGGGAGGCAGACACAGAAGGCAAGGAGAAAGAAGAGCAACAUCCAGACGAUGACACCGGCAAUGUUUCUGGAGAAGGUUAUGAAUCAACCAGUCCAGCCACGCCACAAACUUUUGGGAAGCCCUUCAAGAUCAAGUGGAUGUCUACCGAUCGUCUACCAUUCUACAGGACAAGGGGCCUUCGAAACUCUCUCAAUGCGAAUCGCGAAGUGAAGAUUGCCCGAGACGGUACAGAGAUUGAACCCACUGUUGGCCGUAAGCUGGUCAAUAUGUUUCAUCGCCCACUGGUGCCCUCUGCAAGCCCUGGAGCUACUCGACCACCACAACCUCAUCAAGGACCCUUGGGUGGAUUCAUGUACGGGAGGAGUUAUUGAUAUUUUCUUUAGUGUUUUUUUUGUUCUCAGAUUCGUCAUUGUGAUGUUUCAUGUUUGUACGACGACAUGAUGCGACGACAAGGAAAAGCAAGUGUAACGUCAACUCAGAGCAACAAUACUCGGUUCGCCGGCAGGGCCAUCGACACAUUCUUUUUUCUUUCUUUCUUUCAUUCUUUCACCUCUUUUCCCACCGAGGAACAACGAACACGACAACUAAGCUUGGCUGGCCGAGCCUUCUUUCAAAUCAUUAUGAAUGGGGUUUUCGUCACCGUUACUGAGUUGAAGAAAGGCUGAUUCGGAAGGGGAAGAGGCAGAGAAGGGAGCAGCGAAGGAUGAGGAUGAUGAGCAUGCAGGACGAUGGACACAUAAUGCAUGAAGAGGUUUCGGUGUUGGAGGUCGAGGAUAGACAA